UGCGUGCUCCCUGUGAGUGCGCAGCACUGCGAUCCGGUGCCUGCUGUGUCCGGAGGACACAGCGAAACACCGAUCGCUGUACGGAACCUCAGGCCAAUCAGUGAUCACAUGAUUCUGACAUCAUUGCUUACUACUUGUGAAAUCUGUGAAUGAUCACAGAGGUCACAUGGUACAAGGCUAUUCACAACAGCCUUGUACCAUGUGACAAGCUUUGACCAAUCACAGCUCACAGUAUUUCUCAAUGGAAUGCAGCCAGAGAGAAGGAGAAAUGAUUGCU